AUGGAAACCACGACGGAAAAUGACGGGGAUGAUACUUUGUAUGGUCAUGUGUAUGUCAUCAAGCUCAACCACUCUGGGCAUAUGGAAUUCCAUUGCAAGGUGUGUCAGAAGGAAAUGUCAAAUGAGAAAUGUGUUUUGGACCAUUCUCUGUCUGAUGCUCAUCAAAAGAAAUUGAACAAAGUGCCUGUAGCAGGGAUGGAGGGUAUUUUCCAAGCUCAGACCUACAGUUAUCCCCCAGAUACACUUCAGUACAAACUUCUACAUAAUAUCAUACCGGUUAAUGCAUUCAGGCGUACCAGUUGCAAAAAAAAAAAAAAAAUCUGUCCUUUCAAGUGCUGCCCAACUCCAAGGAGCCACAAGGACUUCAGAUGGUGGAGGAAUAUCUUAGAAGCCCCAGAGAUGAACCAUACUACAGGUGCAACCUGUGUUUAGCCCAUGGAAAGAUUCAUGGUGUUUUUAACCACAUCGUCGGUAAGAAGCACACUGAAAAGUAUAUU